AUGUUUCAGUGUGUCCCCGUCAGGCGUGUUGCUCCCCUGAGAGCACGAAAGACUCCCAGUCAAGGUCUCCCUGGUCGAGCACAGCGUCUUUGCCUGGCAGCCAUGGCUGCAGUUGCGAGCGAACGACUCAGGGUCCGACACGGGGAAGAGCUCUCCGAAGAGUACACUUGCAGGAUCCCGAAGACGGAUGCAGAGAUCCUGAGAUUUUUCCUCUGCUUUCUUGCGGAUCAAGGUCUGUCGGAUGUUCCCGUCUUCAUCAACGGAGGGUAUGUCAGGGACCUGCUGCUUGGCAAGGAGCCUGAUGAUCUCGAUCUGACCCUUUGCCUCCGGGACUGCGCGCCCGAGGUAACGGUGGCAGCACUCCUGGAUGAAAUGAAGCCGUACGUUGAGCAGAGGCCGGAGUUUGGCCUCACGGAGUUCAAGAACGCGACCAUUCUGUCCAAUGAGUCCAAGGAUAAGCAGCUGGACACCUUCAAGGCUCACUUCACGAACACUGCAGGGGUCAAGACCGAGGUGGACGUGAUGCCUACGAUCGGGGAGGAAACCUAUUCAGAUGACAACAGGGUGCCGGUCCGUGAUCAGCGUGGCCUCCCCGAGGAAGAUGCGCUGCGUCGUGACCUCACCAUCGGUGCGUUGCUAAUGCGUGUGCGCUCUUCUGAAAGCAGCACGGCUCUGCGCUAUGAGCUCUUUGACUUUUAUGGUGGAGUCACCGACAUCGAGCGCGGAGUCCUGAGAUCUCCAUGCCCAGUUGACAGGAAGCCCGCCGAGGUAGAGGAGGCGGUGCUGAGAACCCCGGAAGAGAAGGAGCUCGCCAUGCCCAGCUUGUUUACCAGCUACCGGGUUUAG